AUGACUAUCAGUGGAAAUGCGUCUGUGACCUAUGAUUUCCACAAGAAUAUCGCAGGUAUCGUCACGUUUGAAGUGGAAUCUGUGGUUUCGGCCAACGCUCAGCUGGGAAUCACCUUCACCGAGUCUUCUCUAUGGAUAAGUAACCUCUCCAGCGACGCGACAGCAGAUUCGGGCCUCGAUGCAAUCCUUUGGUUUACUCUGGACACUGCCGGAGCAAAGUACACUUCCAUGCCAGCCCAGGGACGGGGAGGCUUCCGUUAUCUUACCCUCAUAAGCAACAGUCCCGCCAGUAUCACUCUACGAUCAGUGUCAGUCAACUACACGGCGGCGCCCACUCAGGACCUACAGGGCUACACCGGCUACUUCCAUUGUAAUGAUGAGCUGAUCAACCGGAUCUGGUACGCUGGUGCCUAUACUGUGCAACUUGCUACCAUUAAUCCGAAGUAUGGGAACUCUCUGACUGUAUUGGUUACAUGGCCCUCAGCUACGCCGUCAAAAUAUGACGAUUGGUACAACAACUACACAAUCACAAACGGCACCACUGCUCUGACGGACGGAGGCAAAAGAGACCGCUUAGUCUGGGCCGGCGACAUGUCCAUCUCACUAGAGACUGCCAUAGUGAGCACCUAUGAUCUACCCAGUGUGCGAAACUCCCUUGAGGCGCUUCUUGCACUACAGACGGCCGAUGGGAGAUUUCCAUACGCCUCGCUUCCCUUCCCAGACCAGGAGAGUUUUACAUAUCACCUGCACACGUUGAUUAAUUCAGCGAAUUACUGCCGUUAUUCUGCAGACUAUGCCUGGCUUGUCUCGUACUGGGCCCAACUGCAAAGGGGCAUCAAUUGGGCACUUCGUAGUGUAGAUGAAACGAAUCUGGCUAGUGUAUCGCCGAGUGCGAGCUCCGACUGGCUUCGAAGUGGUAUGGGCGGCCAUAAUAUCGAAGCAAAUGCCAUGCUGUAUUAUGUCCUUCAACAAGGCAUUCAUCUGGCGGCCGUGGUUCAGGAUUCAGUCUCGCUUGCAAAGUGGACUUCUCUCGCGGAAAAUCUCAAAGUUGCUGCAAAUGCCCUGCUAUGGAAUGGGACGUCAGGCCUCUACCGCGACAAUGAAACAGCAACUUUGUAUCCCCAAGAUGGCAAUUCAUGGGCUAUCAAGGCAAAUCUGACGCAAUCCCAGUCGCAGAGAGCACGUAUAUCUUCCGAGUUGCAUUCUCGUUGGGGUCCAUUUGGUGCUCCGUCCCCAGAAGCCGGAUCUUCCACCGUCUCUCCCUUUAUCGGCGGUUUUGAGCUGCAGGCGCACUAUCUCGCUGGGCAAGGGAGCACGGCUCUGGACUUGAUUCGGCGGCAAUGGGGGUUUAUGCUUCAGGAUCCACGCAUGACCGGUUCUUCCUUCAUCGAAGGGUUCUCGACCGAUGGAAGCUUGCAUUAUGCGCCUUACACCAACGAUGCCCGCGUCUCUCACGCUCAUGGUUGGUCAACUGGUCCUACGUCUGCCUUACUUUUCUAUGCCGCAGGAAUACAAGUGAUCGAGGGAGGCGGUGCGACUUGGGUAAUUGCUCCUCAGCCGGGAGAUCUCAUCUCAGUGGAUGCUGGCUAUACUACCCUCCUCGGUAGCUUCUCUGUGACUUUCAGGCGCAGCGAGAGGAGUGGCGUAUAUCAAUAUUUCGCUUUCACAACUCCGAUAGAAACAUCCGGUACCGUUCGGAUACCUGGAGCCAAAGGCGUCUUGGUUUCCUCUUCAGGUAGUCGGGUACCGUUGAUUGACGGAACAGCCUCUGGGAUCCAAGGGGGAAGGUGGACUCUUCAAUAG